UAGAUGGAUGGAUGCGUGGAUAGAUGGAAUGAUUCAGGAGUCAAGAGGAAGCUUAUGCUCCAGGAAUAACACUCAACUGCCCCCAAAGGGGGGGAUGCCCCCAUCUUCCAGGUUCAAGAAGGAGCUCUGCAUACAAAGAGGAAGAGCACAUCCAGUGUAGGCACUAUGACCACCCUUCCUGGCCUCCAGCCCUCCACAGACAAGGGCCAGGAGGGUGCCUGCACACUGAAGGUAUAGCAGACUUCCUCAGACCUUCUCUCCUCCAUAAACAGAGGUCAAUGGGGUAUCUCACACACGUACCCUCCCUAGCUUCAUAAAAAGCCACAGCUUCACCACCACUGACUGUCUUGAACACACCAGGACUAACUGCAUUGUAUGUUUUUUUCCUGUUUAUAAGCAGUCAUGCCAAACAGCAAGCCCCACAGGUAUCUUCAUAGUCCUUGUUUUUCCCCUGCCUCCCUCUACUCCCAUCUCCUGAAACACUCCCUCACAUCUCUAAAACUCACAGUGCAUCAAAGGCAAAAUCCCCUGUAUCUUUCAUUUCUUCUCUGCACGCUGCCUUCAGCCUGGAACAGGGCUCUGAGGCAGUCUGAAGAGCUAAGAUGCUGAGGGGCAGGUCCAGGCUUAGACAAAGGUGGGGGUGGGCCGCAGCUGGAACUCCGGACCCAGAAGCAGGUUGUCAGGUUCAUGAGGUUGGGGUGCCCUCUGCUGGCCAUGACUGGCCAUGGUGGCAGAUUGAAUUAACCCACACUGAGGGCACCCAAAAGGGAUCAGCUAAUUAGACGUAAAACUGGUUCCGAGUCCAAGGUCCAAAGAGAUAAAUGAGAACAUUGAUAAAUAAGCCAAACAUUUCAGCAACAAACAGGGGCCCAAGGAUCAGGCACUGUGGGGGCUGGGGGGUGGUAUUUGUAGCAUAAUCUGUGACAAGAAAGAGUGUGAGCUCAAUCAUGUGUCCUUGGCGGGGGUGGACACACAUCCUUUUCCGAGGGCACUAACCCUACCCUUGCCUCGGUCUGUGUUCUCUCUAAUCCGGCUUUCUGUUUGCCCUCCCAAAGACCGAUCACCUGGGGAAAUAGUCAGUUCAACCCUCCUCCCUCCUCCUUCCCCAACAUAGAGAUGGGGGCAGGGAACAUGGUGAAACCGCACGGAUCUGGUUUUCAGGACUGCCUAUCUGUCUCCUACCCAUGUGACCUUGGAGAAUUUAUUUAACCUCUCUAAGCCUCAGUGGCCUCAUUUGCAAAAUGGGAGUGAAAAUCUCUACUCCCCGCUGGGAGGAUUAAGUGAAGUGGGGCUUGCCAGGUGCUGACACAUGGCACGUUCUCCACACUUUCCCUUUCUCUCUUUUUUCCUUCACACGGAUUCAAACCUUACCGAAUUCAACUCUGCUCCAGACCCCGCCCUCCACCGCCCUCCCCUUCAGCAAACACCGAGGGAGGGGCCGUUGUCUCUCCUCCUCCGCCCGCUAAAGUGGUCAGAGUCCAGAGAGCUGAGGGCCCAGCGUGGAUGACCAGGAAGGAGACUGUCUCCGUUUAGCCUCUGAAGCCCAACUGCCCCACUGAGAGGAUGAAGGUCUCCGCAGCUGCCCUCUCUCUCCUCAGCUCACCAUUACUUCUGCCAUUCACAGCCAGGCAAGCUACCAUCAGUCCCUGCUGAUAAAUGGCUUUGCCAUCAGAAAAGCGGAAUGCAAGAGAUGGGACAUGGAAGUGGGCAGCCAUGGGCUCCCUCUCUACCUCCUUGGCUCAGCAUUCAACGUCAUUCCCUCAGAAAUUCCUGAGUCGGUGAACCCUCCACCCACCUGCUGCCUGAAGUAUCAUGAGAAAGUAUUGCCAAGAAAAGUGGUGGUGAGAUACAGAAAGGCCCUCAACUGCUGCCUGCCAGCAAUCAUCUUCAUCACCAGAAGGAAACGAGAGAUCUGUACCAACCCCAAUAACGAACGGGUCCAAGAAUACAUCAAGGAUCCCAGACUACCUUUGCAUCCUUCCAGGAAGUUGGUCUAGGUUAACAUUAUUCGAUCUGAGAAAGGUCAACCCCAGAUCCUCAACUGCCCAUGGUGGUCAGGCCUCAGUGGGAGCCCAAGUUUGGGGGAAAAAUGGUGCAACCCUGUGAAAAUGCAGGCAGCCUUGUGGUCUGAAUGACAGAGUUACAUUCAGAGAAGCAGGCCAGUGAUCCCACAAAGUAAAGUUUCAAAUAUAUUCCCAGUCUCUGGAGGACAUGCCAAAGUUAAGGGAGGAGAGCAGGGAUACAUUCUUAAUGCACAGAAAAGCAUCUUUCACAUCCUCCUCCUUGCUCUGCUUUCAGAUCCUCACAUCACUGCAGCCGUUCUAAAUGAUCAGACCACCUCUAGCCUCUCACUCACUGAGACCCAGAGGACUCAAGACUUUUCCUGUCCACCCUUAUCCCUUUUCUAGGUCUCUUUUUUCUUCUAUUAUCUUUUCUUUUAAAAAGUAACUUUUUUCUUAGCAGGCCAGGGUGGGAAUAUUCAAAUACUAGUGAUUUUUGUCCCUGUUGCAGAGGUUUUGCUGGAUCCCCUGAUAUCGGGUCCUCCCCAGGGUGACGUGUGUACAGACAGUGCCAAAACAGAAAAGGAGGUGUGAAUCCCUAGCUCCCACUCUAAGCUUUGCAUGGCAAGGGAAGGGCAUUAGACCAGGUUGGGGAUAAAAAUCUUGAUCUAAAAUGCAACCAUUCAAUAAAUAAAAUUUGCUUUAUUGCCAAUUUGA